AUGACCGUCGUCGCAUCAGCGCUCGGCCGAGGCUUGCCCUUCGACAGUCCCGCUGCUAUCAAGCAAAAAGUGCCCGAUGAUGGGAUCACGACGGAGACGUCAGAUGCACAGAGAGAGACAGAAGAUGCUAUACAGGCUCAGCUAGCGCAGUAUCUGCCCGUCAGUGGACAGACUGCGGUCAGUGACCCGGCAAAGUGCGAGCUUGAUCGAGCCAAGCAUACUCGGUUUCUCACUGCCACCUUGCCCGGACUGCCGGGCGCCUUCAUCGCGCUCGAUGCGUCGCGUCCAUGGCUACUCUACUGGACGCUCCAUGCUCUCGAACUCAUGAACGUCUCUCUCGAUCCUGCCUCGGCGAGCCGAGCCGCAGCCACUUUGCUCAAGAUGCAAUCACCCCACGGUGGUUUCGGCGGCGGUCCAGGUCAGAUGGCCCAUCUGGCCACCACAUACGCCGCGACGAUGGCUUUGGCCAUUGUUGGUGUCGAGAGCGAGUGGGAUAAGAUUGAGCGUAAGGCGAUGUAUGGGUGGCUCUUGUCGCUCAAGCAGCCAGAUGGUAGCUUCGUCAUGCACAUCGGUGGUGAAGUAGACGUGAGAGGGAGCUAUUGCGCUCUCGCCGUCGCCUCUUGCCUCAACAUUCUGACGCCCGACCUUGCACAAGGCACAGCUCGGUUUGUCGCGAGUUGUCAGACUUACGAAGGUGGCUUGGCCUCUGCAUCUUACUCUUUCGAGACUUCGUCGAGCACGCCGCAGUUCGGCGAGGCGCACGGUGGCUACACCUUCUGCGCUCUGGCAUCUUACUUCAUGGUCUCGCCAGAGAUCGCGCCGGCUCUGACCGCCGACGAUGGGUUUGUCUACAAGCAUACAGAGACGAAGCCGCUGCAGAUCGACGCACUGCUUCGUUGGGCGGCUUGGCAGCAGGCCGAUCACGUUGAAGGUGCCGGAUUUCGUGGUCGGUCGAACAAGCUCGUCGAUGGCUGCUACAGCUGGUGGUGUGGAGGUCUCUUCUCUUUGCUCAAUGCGCUCGAUUCGCCUGCGCAAGCACAAGAUGCGCCCGGCGAAACGCAGUCUUGGGUGGACGAAGCUGACGACCUGCUGUUUGACCGGGUUGGAUUGCAGCAAUACGUCAUAUUACUGGCUCAAGCAGAGGGUGGUGGCCUUCGCGACAAGCCUGGAAAACCAGCAGAUGCAUAUCAUACCUGCUACAACCUUUCCGGCUUGUCAGCUGCGCAGCAUCCGAUGGCGUACUCCCUCGACGCGCUGCAUUCGCUCAAGAAUGACUUUCUCGCGCCAGAACCGGCCGACAUCAUCCGCGGCGCAAACGAAACGGAGCAAGAGGCAUUGGCAAGGGCUAAGCACAACUAUGCAGUGGGUCUUGCUUGGAUACAGAGUACGUUUGAAGACUAUUGCUUCGGUCCUGAAUCGAACGAGGUGUUACCUUCGCAUCCUGUGUUUAAUGUGACUCUUCCGAGAAUCAAAAAGAUGUACGAUUGGGCGUAUGGGCAGCCGAUCACUCAGUCGCAAUAG